UUAAGGGGACGCCAUGUUGUUUGACUGCACUAACAGCACUUGACCAUCCUUUCAUUUAACACAUUACUUGUUGUAUUUUCACUAGUGCAAGAUGGGGAGGCGGUCUAUUUCAACGACAAAGAGUGGGAAGUUUAUGAACCCCACUGAUCAAGCGAGGAAAGAAGCAAGAAAAAGAGAGUUGAAGAAGAAUAAGAAGCAGAGGAAGAUGGUACGGGAAGCUGUGUUAAAAUCCAAGGACCCUCAAAGGAUAUUAGAGGAAAUUGAGAAAAUUGAAACCAUGGAAAUUGAUGCUGGGCCAGUCCCACUUCCCAAUGACAAGGCACUUAAAGAGAAGAAAAGAAAGCUGAAGGAAACACUUGACAGAAUGUUGAAACUAUAUGAGAAAGAUGAUCCAUCUCACUCUGGACAAAUGAGGCAAUUGAUUGCUGAUAGUGAGAGGAAACGUUUACAGGCUCAAAUGUCUGCUCAUGAAAUACGACAAAAAGCUCUAGCAGAGGAAGCAAGAAUGCCUCCUGACAUCCCUCUGCCACCAAACAUCCCUCUUCCCCAUGCAGGAAUGUUAAUGCCAAGUGAUAUCCCUCUUCCUGGACCCUUACCUGGACAACUGCCCCUUCCUCCAGGUUUGAUCCCCCCAGGUCCUCCUCCUGGGCCUCCACCAAAACGCCCCUCAGGAAUGAUCCCACCUGGUCCCCCACCAGGACCCCCACCAGGUAUACCACCAAUGAGUGCUCCCCCACCCCUCCCCCCUGGAAUAGCACCUGAGGACAUGGAAAGUGGUCAGUAUGAUGAUGAUGAUGACAGUGAAGGGAGCACCAGUGAAUCAGGAGGUGAGGAAGAGGAGUAUGAUCCUGCAGUUCCACUUGGAAGAUUGGAGGGAGAUGCUGGAGAUGGCCAACCACUUGGAGACAGACGAAACAGCAGAGAUGAUGGCAUGGAUGACAGUGAAGGAGAUAAAGAAAUGGGAGAGCGCCAAAGAACUGUGAGGUUUGCAGAUGAAGUUGAAAAUAGUGGGGGUGAGAGCCAGUCCUCAAAAAGCGCUGGUACCACUUCAAUACAAGACUUUCUUCUUAAAAUGGCAGGCCAACCCCUCCCUGAUAAACCAGAAGCAGGCAAUGAAGGAGAUCAAUCCAGAAAAACCAUGGCACAAACAGGUCAACCCCAACCUCCAGGGCCACCACCUGGCCCACCUCCUGGACAGCUUCCCCUACCUGGAAGUCAGCAGCCUGGAGGUCUACCCAUUCAGCCAAACUUUCAGAUCAGAGCCCCACCCCCAAGAAUGUUUCCUCCUGGCCCACCACCUGGCAGACCCCCAGGCCCUCCUCCAGGGAUGCCUGGCAUGGUCCCUCCUGGUCCACCCCCAGGGUUACCACCUAAUAUAAUGGCACAUGCUAUGGCACGAGGGCCCAGGCCUCUAAUGCAACAGCCAAUGCCAUUGCCACCUGUGAGACCUGGCAUGCCAAGACCCCCUGGCCCUCCUCCUGGUAUGAUGCCCCCUCCCCCACAUGGAGCAGUUUUAUCUGCACCCCCAACUUUUAUAAGCAAACCUCCUAUGGCCAACCCAGCUGGAGAAGUUGGAAAAGGUGCAACGAUCAGCAAAGAAGCAACAGCAACGAUCAGUGCUAAACCGCAACUGAGGAACACUCAGGCAGAACUAACAAAACUUGUACCCACUGCUCUACGAGUCAAACGAGAACAACCGAAGAGUAAAGCAAAACUUCGGCCCCCUGGAGCCGUCCCAGAGACUGUUGAGAGUAUACCGCAACAAGUUUCACAACCAAAGGUUGCCGAAACUGGCACUAAAGACGAUGCGUACGCGCUUUUUAUGAAAGAAAUGCAAGGACUUUUGUAAAUGUAUUGAGAGGUUUUAAAUUUGUGUGCCAUCGAUGUAGCCUUUCGUAAAGGGUCGUGCUCUGUUCAAAGUAUGUGCAUGCACGCGAAGGGUGUAUUUUUUGUUUGUUUGAUUUUUUUUUAACCGCCGAUUUAGUAAAGAGUACCAGAUGCAAGAUUA